UUUUCAUAACCAGUUUAAAUACUGGCAUGUUCUUAGGAGGUAGACGAAAACCAGUCAAGUCAAAGCAAAAUCAUGUGAACACAGUGAGAGCAUGAUCAGAAACUAAAACAAAGUAAUUUGAGCUAAGGAUUGGUUUUAGUUCUGUUUCCAUUAAUAUGUUUCAUUAAUAUGCCCCUUGUGUGACACAUGUUCAAUUUAAGAUUAAUUAUAAUUAGAUAAUGAAGCAUUGUAGAACACAAAUGCCCAACACAUGUUCGAUGUUUGUGCCCAAAUUUGCAUUAAUAAUGAUUGUACUUACAGUAAUUUUUGCAUUGAACAACUAACACAUACCACUCAAAAUGCCUUAAUCCAACAGAUCGUUAAGCAACAGAGCAGCCCCUCAAGUCAACAAGUAGGCGAAUUCAGUGAUGAACUUCGGAUUCUGCUUAUCGGAAAGACCGGUGUGGGCAAGAGUGCAACAGGAAACACCAUUCUUGGAAAAAGGGCUUUCGAAUCUAAAACCUCCUCUUCAUCUGUAACCUCAUGGUGUGAAAAAGCCCAUACAAUUAUUCAUGGCAGAAAAGUGUCUGUUAUCGACUCAGGUCUGUUUGAUACUGAAUUAUCUGCAGAUGAGGUGAUCAGUCGGAUUAAACUGUGCAUUCCAUUCUCUGCUCCAGGACCUCAUGUCUUUUUAGUUGUGAAUAAAAUAGGCAGAUUUACAGAUGAAGAUAAAAAUACAGUUAAGACAUUUCAAGCAAUUUUUGGGGAAAAGUCCCUGUACACUAUGGCUCUCUUCACUUAUGGAGAUCAACUGAAAGGGAGCAUCAGUGUUGGGAACCUGUCCAUUUGGAACCUCACUCCUCAACUGCAGGACUUGAACUCCACCUUUUACCACAACAAAUUAAAUUAA